AACCUUAAGUGUGGUAUAUUACACCCAUAAACCUUUGCGCCUGUUAUUAUUAUUAUUAUUAUUUAUUGGAAAAAGUAGUAGUGCGGAUAGGGGAGGGGGAUCAGCUGCAGUUGCAAGGGUAGCGGAAACCCCAAAUAACAAAGAACAAGUAGUCCAACUGAAACUGGAACUGAAAGCAGCGGCCAAUGCUUUGGUUGAGACACUCCACUUUCGUGUUAGGAAUCAAACAAAGGAGUCCUUAAAGUUUAACCGCAAUGGAUUGGUCUUUUGUACAAAAAUCUUGGGACAAGUGGGCUUCCACCAAUAUUGGCACCUCUGGCGAGCCAUUGAAGGCUGCUUUGCUGAUUAACUAUGACCCACUCAGACCUUCUCGUUUGUUGUCUACUAUUGCCGAACAGGAAGGAAUAAAGAUCAGUCCCAUUGAAUUGAGUGAAUUUAUCAGUUUCAUCAAGCGCAACAAACUGCAGAAAGAGAGCUUUGUGAUUGGGCAUAACCAAUACAUGGUUACAUCAAUUCAUGAAAAUUGGUUCUGUGCAAGGUGCCUGAACACAUCAAAACCUGUUGGUGAAGGUGCCAUUGUCAUGCAGACAUCAGCGUUUCUCUUAGUUGCACUAUAUGAUGGGUCAGUUGGCACAGCAUCUCGUGCUAUGGUGUCUGUCGAUCAAUUUGUUUGGCUGUUGAAUCGAAGAAACCUGUAACCUUGGCUUCCAUAUCAGAUUAAGUGCAGGCAGAAUUCCUGAUACAUCAUGCUCAAGAUUAUCAGUUCGAUUCUCUCCCUAUCAUGAUCAACCACAGAUGAUAAAAGAACAUGCGGGUUUGCCAAUGCUCCUCAGAAAG